UUGUUUUUUUCCCCUAUCCAGUUUUCCACCGCGUUUUGUUUGGCCGCCCGUGUGAUUUAUUUAUUUAUUAUUACUACUUAUACACCUACUGAUAGGCCGUACCUAUGGUACUUAUACAUGUAAACUCUAGGAAAAGGGGGAGAAACGCGCGAAAAAUCCAACAAGUGUCAGCGUACCGGCGCGGCUCAGUCGGCGAACGCGGUCGCGUGUGUUGUGUUUUUCGCAUAAAACAAUAAUCAUUUAUCAUUUAUCAUUUAUCAUUACCAUAACAAUAACAGUAUGUACCCGUAUCGAUCGUCGAUCGCCGUCGCAGUCGCGCUUCGUAACUCGCCUUAACCGACGGUACAUUUACACGCGUGUUAAGCCCAACAAACAUGGGCUGCUAAUCCGGAGAAGACACGUUCAUCGCAGCAGAUGACAUGCCCUGAGGCUUGAAGAGAUAGCCAAUAAUUAAUACAUUGUAACGGGCACGAAACACACGGCAAAUCGUCAUGACGGUCAGCUACCAGUCGAAGGUGGCGUCCUCCAGCAGCGGAGGGUUCACCAAGUUGUUGUUCCUGUGGCGAGGCAGUCUGUACCAGGUGCUGUACAGAGAGUUGAUGUUGUUCAUGAUAGCCUUUGGCACCCUCAGCGCCUUGUACCGCAACACUUUCACCGACCCGCAAAAACAAGUAUUUGAAAAAAUGGUCAGAUACUGUGACGCUUUCAUCACUCAGUUGCCGUUGUCGUUCAUCUUGGGCUUUUAUGUCACGUACGUGGCCAAACGAUGGUGGAAGCAGUACCUGGCUAUUCCUUGGCCAGACAAAGCUAUGCACACGGUAUCGUUGUACAUUGACGGCAACGACGACCAUGGCCGGAUGAUACGGAGGUCGUUAAUGAGAUAUCUGAUUCUCACCCUGAUAAUGGUAUUGCGAUCCAUCAGCUCAUCCGUCAAAAAACGUUUCCCAACCCUGGAGCACGUGGUCGAUUCUGGUUUCAUGACGGCGGACGAACUGCAAAUAUUCCAAUCGCUUCCCAACAUCGAGUUCAACACUUAUUGGAUACCGUGCACUUGGUUCACUCACGUGCUGAAAGAAGCCAAAAAGGCCAACAGGAUCGAUGACCCACAAGGGAUGAAACUCAUAAUGGAGGAGUUCAACGAGUUCAGAUCGAAGUGCGGCCUUUUGUGGAGCUACGAUUGGAUCAGCAUACCGUUGGCGUACACGCAGGUCGUCACGAUAGCGACUUACUCGUUUUUCAUUGCGGCCAUCGUGGGAAGACAGUACGUGCAAGGGUCCAGCAAACAAUUGCAAACCGAAUACGACGUCUACGUGCCGGUGUUCACCAUAGUGCAAUUCCUGUUUUUCAUGGGACUGUUGAAAGUAGCCGAGCAAUUGAUUAAUCCAUUUGGCGACGACGAAGAAGACUUUGAGUUGAAUUGGCUUAUCGACAGACACACCAAGGUAUCAUUUUUGGCCGUGGACUUCCUUACCAGGAUCACUCCGCCGUUGGUCAAAGACGUUUACUUCAACGAGUUCGACUUGACGUUGCCGUACACUAGUGCUUCUGCUCACUACAAAAAGAAGACGCACAGAGGAUCGGUGCACGACAUGUCGGUUCCCGAGGCACAACAGAUGAUGUUCUUGCCGGAAAUAUUGGAAGAGGACAAGGAUCCGGAUCAAGUGAGGAGUCGGAAGACGUCGAUGUGCUCGAACCUGAGCGAUGACAAGUACAGCUUGCAGAGGGAAAAGAUCAACGAAGCCUUGGGCAUCAUGCACGUGCAACACAGGCGUAAGUCGAGCACGGGCGGAGUGCCGUUUGGCAGAAGAAAUUCGUUCGUCAACUUGUCGAAGCGGACGUUCAGGCCGGUGACGAAGCGCAAGUUGGCCGACCUGGAAUCGGGUUACGGACAGCCGGCGGUGCUCAUGUCGGUGACGCGGAGGCCGAGCAGCGCCAACUCGGGACAAUGGAAGUCCAUGAAGUGGAAACCGUCGGACGUAGACGACGACGGCGGCGGCGGCGGCCGACCGGACAAAGUCGCAGCAGACGGCGGGUUGCCGUUUACCGCGACGCUGCCGACGCCGGUCGACCGUCAGCUAAUCAACAACAACAACAAUAAUAGUGCCGAUAACCGACAGCCGCCGCCGCCGCCGUCCGCGAUCGACCAAAACGUCAACAUGGCCAACAUGGACGCCGGCCGGGGUCCGCCGUACACGCGAGACGACGGCGGACAGGACAACUCGGCGUUUUGUUACGACAGACAACUUUGACAACGACGACGGCGCCGCACAAUGUCUAUUCCGGGUACAAUUAUUCAAAGAGUCUAGCGCGCGGACUGUAUUUGUUGAAACUAUAUUAUAAAGUCUAUAUUUAUAAAUACAUAUAUUAUUAUUAUAACAUUAAACUGGAAUAUAUAAAUUAGACGCUGAUGUUCAGUUAUAAGUGAUAUAUCAACAUAGAUUAGUGAUUACAUUUAUUAUAUUUCGUUAGUGUUAGACCUACAUAUGUAUUGUUAGUACGCCUAAACCAAAAAGAACUCGACUAAGUGUAAUGCCUUUCGCAAUCUUCAUUUCCACCAAAAAAAAAAUCAUUUGAAAGAUUUCUCAAUUCAAAGCACUAAUUUAAAAUGUCUAAAGAAUUAUUAAAACUUGAGUAUUUUUUAAUUAUUAUAAUAAUUGUUGUUAUCUUAAUAAAAAUAACAAUUCUAUACAUAAUUAUUAUAAUAAUUAAAGGUAAUAUUUAUUGAUUAUUAUUUAUUUAUGCAAAUUUGAUUGGUGCUUCGAAUGUUCGACCAAAUUUAUUAUUUAAUUGUUGUUUUACCGAAUUAGUUUAAGUUAAACGUUUACGACUAGAAAGCUCGAAAACUAUUUUUAUUUAAAAAAAAAAACAGAAUUCAUACGCUCAAAAUUGUAUAACCCAAACUUAAGCAAUUGAACACUUUCUUAAAAAGAAAAGUUUAAGUCUGCACUUGACAUUAUUAAGGCAUCGAAAUUAUGUUUUACAUAUUAUUACAGUCUUGUCCCGUUAAUGAUAGAAUACAAUUUUUAUUUGUGACUGAAUGCCAAUUAUUUUGCAAACCUAACAAACCUAGCUUUAUGUACUAAACGUUUUCCUGGAACAAUGUGUAAAUUAAUAUUCUUAAAAAAAAAAUGUACCAUUGUAAUAUGAAAGAUACAGGGGAAAACCAGAACAAUCACUUUUUCAAAAUGGCGAUCUUGGUGUCAUAACAUUUGUUUUAACUAUUGAUUUUUUAACAUCUAUUAAACAUCAAUUUUAAAUUUGUAUUCUUAAACUUAAAAAAGUGAUUUUUCUUUUUUUUCCCUGUACCCUUCAUACGCUAUUAGUGAUAAACACCGAAUUAACCAUAAAUAUAAGUGUAAUAUGUAUGGUACCUUUUUUUUUACAAACUGUACCUACACAACUAAAUGUUAUA